CGGAGGCGCGUGGUAGUGAUGGCGGCGCUCAGUGAGACUUUCCUGUCACUGGAUACUACUACUCCCAACCCUCCUCAAAGCCGCCAGAGCAACCCCCAGGUCUUUAGUUUACAAGUGGCAAUUUGACUUGCGUUGCUGCAUGUCUGGAGGGACCAAGGAAAGUGUGGAGACGCUCUGGGGAUUAGGUGAUCGCAGCUUGAAAAGAAAAAAAGCGAAACAAAUAAACAAAACCCACCCACCCUAACAAAUAUGAGGCUGCUGGAGAGAAUGAGGAAAGACUGGUUCAUGAUCGGAAUAGUACUGGCGAUCGCCGGAGCUAAACUGGAGCCGUCCAUGGGGGUGAAUGGGGGACCAUUGAAGCCAGAAAUAACUGUAUCCUACAUUGCUGUUGCAACAAUAUUCUUUAACAGUGGACUAUCAUUGAAAACAGAGGAGCUGACCAGUGCUUUGGUGCAUUUAAAACUGCAUCUUUUUAUUCAGAUCUUCACACUUGCAUUCUUCCCAGCUACAAUAUGGCUUUUUCUUCAGCUUUUAUCAAUCACACCCAUCAAUGAAUGGCUUUUAAAAGGUUUGCAGACAGUAGGUUGCAUGCCUCCGCCUGUGUCUUCUGCAGUGAUUUUAACCAAGGCAGUUGGUGGAAAUGAGAAGUUGUCAAUAUUGCUGACCACUUACUUCUUAAUGUAUUUAUUUUGAAUUGCCUCAUUGGCCAUUGGUGCCCUGCCCCUUGCCUCCACCUUAUUUACCUUAUGGACCAUCACUGCACAUAUCAUCUCUUUGUGUGACAUGCCUUCCACAACACUGUGCAGAGAAGUGUUUAGUUGUGCUUUAAAAUAUGCUGUUCUUGUGAUCGUGAAUAAGUCUCAUGAGACCUUACAGUUUUAUAAAGGGGAGGUCCACUGCACAUUCUUUCCCGUCUGCCACCAUGUAAGACAAGCCUUUUGCCUUCCAUCAUGAUUGUGAGGCUUCCCCAGCUAUGUGGAACUGUGAAUCCAUUAUACUUCUUUUUCUUUAGAAAUUAAAAAAAAAGGUAUUAUCAAAUUUAAGGAGGUAAAGAGUGUUCAUUUUCUAGUUGCUACUCUUCACUAACUCACUCUACCUUCCUCAUUCAUAGAUUUCUUUUUACAUUGCCUCCUCCUCUACCUUCUGUUAUUUAUUUUUUCUUCAUCUUUUAGGUCUUAAUUCUGUUUCUUCAUCCUGUCUGUAGCUCUUCAGGAAGGGUUCUGUUGUUAAAUUAGAGAUAAAUUGUAAAGGCAGGCAAUUAAGAACUCUUUCUAAAAACACCUUUAGUAACAAUCCAUAUUGAUUUAGUACUUGCAUGGGUGUUGAGGUAGUAGUAAUCUGUAAACUUUUUAUCAUAAAAUUAUGUGCUUACAAUAUAAAUUCAGUUGGCUUUGUUAAAAUGUAAAGUUUUAAUAUGUGUUUUAGUUUCUCUUAAUUUUAAAAGCUGUGUAUACAAUCUUAAAAUUUUCUUUUUAGCUCAUGAUGGCUUGAAAGGUUUUUUGAAGUAUUUAUUUACUUUUUUACUUGUUUGAUCAGUAUCUCUUGUUUUCAUUUAAAGUUAUAUUUAUUCUCACCUGAGGUUUGGAGUAAUAGCUUUGAAACAUGUUACUCUUUAGAAUGGUGGUCUUUCGACUCCUAAGUUGUCCAAGAGGCUAGGGCUGCAAAGUGGUAAGAUUAGAUCUUGGUCAAUGGGAGUGUUCUUUAUUCAGUGCAUAGCAUGUUGCUCAAGAGGGCAGUUGUGGAAGGCAAGGAUGUUUGGGGAACAAAAAUGAUCAGUCCUUGAAUCCUUGUGACUUCUAACUCUAUUGCUAAAAUAAAGAUCAGCAUUUUAAAAAGCUAUAAUAGAACAUUAAGUAUUGCCAUUGAUUGUAUUCAAUAUGAGUGGUUGACAGGAAACAUUUUAAGUGGAUUAUUUUUCUUUUUUUCAAGUAAGAUUUACAUGAGUAAAUAUGAAAUGAAACUACAGCUGAUAGAUAAAUCAGAUACCUAAGAAUAAUGUUGGAGAAGCUGGGUUUCCUGACGAUAUGAGGCUCAGUUAUUUUAGCCUGGGGAUUUUGCCUGGGGAAAAAUGUAUGUGCCUCAACAGCUGAAGGGCUAUUCAGGAAGAAACAAAGUAAAAUGGCAUCUAUUUUAACAUGUAAUUUCGAUAUCUCAUACUUAAUCUUAUCCUUGGCAGAAAUGUCAAAAAAUUCUAGGGGCAAACCAUCUCUGAAGCCGUAUCCAUACCAACAGAUUGAACUGGGUAGAUAAAGUUCUUAGGAAUCAAAUGGUUUUCAUUGGAAGAGGAAGGUCCUUUUAGGUAAUUCUCUGGAGGGAAGGGAAUACUCUGGUAUAAUCCAAAUGUAGAUUAGGCUUAUUUCAAAUAUAGGAAUGUGCAGGCUAAAGAAAUUGCUGGCGCGAGUUGGGGGGCACAUUUUAGAAUUAGUAUAUCACACUUAAAUGUGUUUCCUUCACAUGAUUUUCUAUUUGUAUUUACUCUCACUUAAAUUUUUAAAUAACAUUUUCUUCACUUAUCUUUACUUUUGUAAAUUUUAUAAGUUUUAUAAAUUUUAAGCUUAUCCAAAGAUGAAUUGCUAAUGCUGGAAAUCAUAGUAUAGAUCUGUCCUUAUUGCCUUCUUUACCACCCUUGAGGGACCAAAUUAUUCUAGCUGCAUAAGUUGCUAUUUAAGGUAAAAUCAAGUUUUUAGAGAUGGCAUAACUAGAUUUCUAUUUUAUAUACAUGCUUUUCUUUUGUUUACCCUAGAGUGGAAAUGUACCUCUUUAAGGAAUUAAAGUGGUAAAGUCUGGCCACUAUUUAUCCUGUCACCACAUGGCUGCUGUUGAUUGUUUUUUAAUCAAAAAUCAAGUUUCUAUACUUAAUGACUUGGAAGAUGCAUUACAUUUUGUCAAAACAUAAGAAUGCUUAAAGAAUAAAGAGCCCCUGGAAUCCCCAAAAGAUCAAGAAGGAGAUGUGUAUAAUUUUGUUGUUUAACACAUAUAUAAGCAUUAAUAUUUAUAAUGGAGUUUAGUAUUUUGUAUUUAUACUUCCAUCAACAAUAUAUUGUAGUGUAUUGUUUAGAGACUAUUAAAUAGCUCAGGAUUUACUUAUGGAAGAAAAAAUUCUUCUAGUUCUUUUUUUCUCUUUUAUUUGACUUUUUCUCAGGUUGUUUAAUAAAGAGCAAAUUUCUUCAAUAUGAGGAAGAUAUUUACUUUAUAUAAAACCCUGUCUGGUAUGUAUGGAAGUAAUCCAAAGAACUGACAAGUUGCAGAAUGGUCACUGUCACCUGUUUAAUAUAUUGCAAAAACUGUUCAGGUAAUGGAGAUAACUGUGUGAGUGAAAAUUAGUGCCAUAGCCUUUGAUACUUAAUUUUUGCUUAAUUAUUAAAAUGCAUAUAAAGUAUAUCAGGUUGGUUGCUAUAAAUAAUGGUGUUGGUUCCCUAACAUUUAAAAUUCAUAGAACUGUUAGAUAAAUGUACUUUUGUUUGACCACAGGAUCCAUUUUUUAUUAAAAUGCCCAUAAGAAAAUGUAACAUUUCUAGAAACUCAUUUUUUAAAAAAUGAUCAGUACAAAAUCAUCAGUACAAAAUGUUUCCCUAGCCAAAUUGGUAGUCUCAUGCUUUUUUAAAUAGCAUUAUUUAGAAUAGUCCUAAAAGCACGUUUUCCCAUUAAAUUAAAUGUCAAAUUAUGUGCCUUCUUCGGAACCUUUUUAAGGGGAAAUUUCAAGGAAUGAGACUAUGUUUAAUUCACUGAAAUGAAUUAUGAUUUCAAACAUCUGUAAGGUAUUUUAAAGAUGAUCUUAUGUAACGUGGUAAUAGACAUUUUUAGUGGAAUAUACCCUUCAGCUUUUCCUUACUUGAUAUAUGUUGUAGCUUGGAAAGAAAAUCACACACAGAUAAAAUAUUCUAGGAACUAAGCAGCAUUAAAAUAAAACAUAUGUGUUACACAUGCAAACAGUAAAAAGCAUGUCCGUGGGCCAGCCUUUUUUAUUUUAAGAAAAACUGUCUUCAAUAAUCAUUUGAGAUUAAAAAAGAUAAUUUUGACAUAUCUUUUUUGAUUUUACCGUCAGCCAAUUGUAGUAAUCUGUCCACAUACUUUUCUCAUUCGAAUCAGCAUUCACAAAGGCAUACACUUUAUAGGAACCUUAGGAAGUUCUUGGAUUAAACUUAAAAACUACAUUUAAAGGACACAUUGAUAUAGGAGUCCCCUCACUUUUAUCCCCAUGAAGAAAUAGUAAUGGCUGCCAUUUAGGGCUUCCUCACACUUCUAGUCCUCUAUAUUGACUGAGGAAUCUUUAGACAACUGGUGACCAAAUGGUUAGCUUUUCACCAACUUGGGCUUUUAUAUUUGAAAUUCACAUUUAGUCUCAUUCCUACCUACUGCUGCAGAAUGGCCUUUAGACAACUAGACUUUAAAAAGUUAAAAGGCAAUAAGUCAAUCCCCUGGAAACGAUGCAGAAACGUAGAUUCAAAUCAUAAAUAAGGAAAUGCAUUGAGUACAUUAAACAGACAUAGAAAAAUGGAUUUCUGUCUUUUGUAGUAAGGUAAUUGGGCACUACUGCUUGGCAGGAGCUGGUGCUAUUGAGCUAGCUCUAGCUGCCACAGGUUGAUAGGCAGGUGAUAAGGCAGCUUCCACCAGGGUCUGCACAGGAGGCCUACCUAAUAUGCUGUCUGCCCUAAGGGCCUAUGGGAACACAGUUGGAUUAUUAUGUUAAUGCAUGAGCCCGCUGCCCUCUUCCUAUCCCAGCUGGGUUCCCUGUUGUUAGGAACUGCUUUGCACUGACAGUGGAGUAAUAUGCUUCAUGAUUGAAAGGGCAAAGGGGCUUGAAAGAAAAAAAAAAAAAAA